AUGAAGACGGAAGAUAAACGCGGAGAAUCAAAGCCCGAAUGCCGAAAAAUCCUCAGUCAAAUUUUACCGCAUCUAUUCGUCGGGUCCGCUGACGACAUUUCCGAGUCGUCUUUGCUGGAGAAUCGAAUAGAUCUCGUCAUCAACGCAACCACUCAAUAUGAAAAGCCGAAAUAUCUCCUCGACGAAAAUUACCUGCAAAUUCCAGUGUUGGAUACAGAGUCAGAAAGUCUGAUAGAUUUUUUUGACCAGUGCUUUGAUUUUAUUGAUAAUGCGAGGCUGAAAAAUAAGCGAGUGAUGGUUCACUGUCAAGCUGGAAAAUCAAGAUCUGCCACGAUCGCAAUAGCUUAUAUUAUGCGCUACAAAAAGCUGUCAAUGGACGAAGCCCACCUUUUCGUCCGUUCCAAGCGCCACCAAAUCGACCCGAACUUUGCUUUUCUCGGCCAAUUGCUCGACUACGAAAGAAAACUUUCUGGCGAAACCGCUCGAGUGACUCCUGAUGGAAUUGAAAAUAAAACUGUUGAGAAAGCAACUCAGAAAACUGAAAUUCGACUAGCAGAAAGGCGGAAAAUCAUAGCUCCAAAAACCACCGCCUGGUUCACUUGUGAUUGGGGAUACGAGGAAGAGAAGGUCGAAGAAUUCUGA